UUUCCUCUCUCUCUCUCUCUCUUCUUUCUCUCUCUAGAAAACCAUUGCAAUUUGCAGUAAUUUAACGAUGAAGAAGUGUAAUAAGUAUGAACACAGAAACCCAUCUUUUUCUUCCACUCUUCUCGACGAAAUUUACCGAUCUAUCACCGACGGCGAGACGAAAUUCUACAGAGAAACAUCGACGGCAAGAAAACAGAGCAAAACCAGAGAUUUUGAAGACCAAGAAAUGGUUAAUAUCCGGCGAACUUGCAUGAUUGAGAAAUGGAUGGCGAAGAGAAUCGACGAAAAAGCCGACGAAUGUAGAAAGAAAGAAUCGUGCAGAAAAAUGCCUAACGAUUUCGACCAUGAUCGCGAUGCUCUGUUUUUCACUUCAACUUCCAAUUCUUCCGAUUCCAGUUCCGGCGGUUUCUCUUCUUCCGACUCCGAAUCGGCGUUUGGAGCAAAAUCCUCUGCUCUUUCGUCCUGUUUUACGUCGUCGAGGCUCAAGACAAUUCGCACCGGCGCCUGCAGCCGGUUGCCGGAAACAGAGAGAAAGAAGACUCUGUUUCAUGGAAAAAUUAACCACCGUGAGUUCGAUGAAUUACCAAAUUCAAAAUCAAGUGGGUUGAAGAAAGUGAAGCAACCAAUUUCUCCGGGGGUCCGACUCGCCGGGUUAAUUAACUCGCUCUUCACCGCCGGAAAUACCAGAAAGUCUAAGAACUCGCCGGCGACGGAGAAGAAAGUGAAAACAGGGGAAGAAUCGACCUGUUCGUCGGCUUCUUCAUUUACAAGAUCGUGUCUCAGCAAAAACUCUGCUUCGUCGAGAGGAAAUGGGGCAAAAAGAACGGUUCAUUUCUGUCCAGUUAGUGUCAUUUUCGACGAAGAAGAUGGAUCGAGUCUAAUGCCGGUGUCAAUUCCGACCGCCUGGAAAAUCGGCCGGCCGGCAGUUCAAAAACCAGAGGAAAAAGAAUUAAAAUCCCAAUUCGUUGAAAAGAGCAGGAAAUUAAAAGAACUCCAUAAAAAGACAAGAAAUCAUCAAGAGUUCGUUCCGACCCAGAUCGAAAAUGGCGGCGAUGACGACGACGACGACGCUGCAAGCUGUUCAAGCUCGGAUCUUUUCGAGCUGGAUCAUCUGGAAAUGAUCGGACAACGGCGGUACGGCGAAGAGCUUCCGGUGUAUGAAACAACUCACGUGGAAAAGAAUCGAGCCAUUUCAAAGGGGUUAUUAUGAGUGCAGUGUUAGAUUGAAUUACAUUGGUGUAUUGUGUUCUGUAAGUGAAUUAAUAGAAAAGAAAAGGUUAUUUGGAAGGAUGAAAGCUUAAUGUUGUUCAUCAAUGGCGUAAGAACUGAAACAGAGAAAGAAAGAAAAGGGAAAAAGAGAGAGAGAGAGAGAUGAAGCCAUGGGAAUAGAGAAAGUGAAGAACAAUAAAGCUUUGUGCUUUCCUUUCCCUUUC